UAUAUAAAGUUUCUGUCUAAAAUAACAAGCUAAAACAUAUUAAAACUAUGGCAUGUAAAAACCGUGGAAUACAAACAGCGCAAUAUAAAAUGGUGGAUGGAAAUUAAUUAACUAAUGGAUGUUAUUACAGACGAUGUGGGUAACCCAUACAGUAGAAGGCUAUCAAACAUCAUGGAGAAAUUAUUCAAUUAGCGUUGAAGUGAAACAUCGGGUAGUUAUUCAUUGGGACUGUAAUCCUCAAAGCUUGAAGAAUCUCGGAAACUGGACAGCGUCGACGUAAUUCAUUGGAACUGGAGACCUGAAACUCGGAAAAUUCACGGUGAAGUUUCAAGAACGGCACACGUACAAGAAUUUGAUGUGAAUAUAUAAACGAAGACAAAUAGAUAUAGAAUUUGAUAUCAGGAGUUAUAUAACCGGGGUAGUAUAUACAAAUAGAUAUAGAAUUUCAUGUCAGGAGUUAAAUAACCGGAGUAGUAUAUACAAAUAGACACGCCUUUAUUUAUUUAGGUUUUAAUAUUAAUCAUAUAGCAUACCUUGCAAUAUAAUAUUUAAUACGAUAAUGUUAAAAGAAACGGGGAAACAUAUCGAUAGAAAAUAUUUUAAUAAAACACGAACGUAAAUCGUGACUAUAUCCUAAUCUGACAAGAACUCGUCGUCAAAAUACAACACCGUCAUUCUUUACUGAAUUAUAAUAGCAGAGAUCGAAUAUACUUUCAAUAGACUGAUUAUUGAGACUUGACCUCUUUUGUUGGGUAUUAAAAUGAAGGACUUGAUAUAAAGAUAUUUGUUAUUACUCGAGUGAAUUAACACCAUAAAUCAUUUUCUUCCUGCGAUAUUAGAUAUUGGUGGAAGCGGACAUUGAAUAUAUGGAUAUACAAUAGAGGGAUUCGUGUGUUUAUUUUUUGUGCUAGUAUAUUUGUCUAUAGUUAAACCGCCAUUUUACUGCUGGUCAUAAAUAUUCCAGUUUGUACAAUAGUCCACAAGUAUACAUACCUAUUGUUGUGUUUGGAAACAUUCCAGUUUUUAUAUUUACAAAUCUACAGAAGUUCCUCUCGUCAUGUACGUCAACACAUUUUUAUAUUGUAAUAAUUUAAAUGUUAUUAUUGAAUUUUGACGAAUUCGUUCUUUAGCUUUCGCGGGCUCAUACUCAUUCCUGUUUCUCGAAUAGUGAAACGCCAUGUUUGGAUGAAUUUUAUGAUUUUGACGAAUUGGUUGUUUGGAUUUUGUAAUAUAUAAACAGACGUAGGAAUGUGCCCCGAUGCCAAUACUGUGAUCAUUAAAUCAAUGCAUGUUGUUUUCAACCUGUGACGUGUCCAUUUUGUGAUCUUUCUUGUCAAAUCAAGUUUUACAAUAAACAUUAAAAAUGGUGGAUGCAGUUGUAUCGACGAAAUACGGAAAGCGACCAGUUUUGGAUGUGCCACCAAUGAAGGCUUUUGGUUCUAAUAACGUCCAAGUAUCGAGUAUGAUGGAUUAUAAUACGUCAUCGCUAAUACAACAACCACAGCAACAGAUGCAAUACGUGCCACCACAGCAACCACAAUACGUCACAGCACCACAACAACAACAAGGUCAAUACGCUCAAGCCCCACCACAACUUCAAACACAAUAUCCUUCCAUCCAUCAACAAGUUCCACCACAACAACCACCGUAUCAACCAUCAGCUUAUAAUCCAUAUGCUGGGGCUGGUUUCCAGGCAGAUCAACGAUUCUCGGCCUCAGCACCCGCAGGGCCAAUGACGGACCCUAAUAACUUUAUGCUAUCCAUGAUGGGUCCGUUAAAUCCCUUCAAUCCAGCUAAUAUGAUGGGUCCUCCUUUAGCCCCACCACCCGUACCACAAAUGCAAUUUCCGCAAAUGCAAUUUCCAGCCCCUGUUCCCAACUUCAACUUCCCCCCUCCGCCUGACUAUAACCGAGGACAUACGACAUAUCCCGACCAACGUUACGGUCAACCGCCGCCGCCACCACCACCCCGGUACCCAGCCAUGAAUCAACCCGUCCACACCGGUCCCGAAGACAAUUAUUCGUUACAAGGAAAACUUGAGUUUGGAAAAAUGACAACCGUCCAUGUCGACAGCAUUACCGGAAACUUCCGACAACUACCGGAAAUAUUACGGAAAGAGUUGAAGAAAACCUACGGAAAGUAUCCAGAAACUGACAUCAAGAUAUCCGUAGAAAAUGGUGAAUAUCACAUUUAUGCGUCUCCGCAUCGCGAAGAUGAUCGUCCUAUAAGAGGACCACGGGCUUACGACGAUGAUGAGAAGCGACCGUAUAAUCACGAUGACUUUAAAAGAAAACCGCGAUUCGAGGAGGACUAUCGGCCCAAACCACCGCGGGAAUAUGAUCCGGAUUUUAUUCGCGGCAGGGGAUUUGAACAAGAGGUACGGCUCCGAGAGUUUGAUGAUUUCCCCCGAAGGGAUCGUGUUGAUGCCCACCGAGGGAGUCAUGAUUCCAGAAUGGCGGACGCCGAAUGGGUUUUAGUUAAAAGAAGAUAGAGAGUGUCGGAAACAAAUUCGACAAAAUUAAUCUUUUGUGGCAUUUUAUCGAUAAAAUCAGAUUCAGUGCGAGAAAUAGUCAAAUUUACGGGAAGCGAGUACAUUCAUCAGUGGAAUCAUUUAUAGAUUACAAACAAGUGCAUCCUCGUGUCUCGUCUUGUCGAGCCGUUAUUUUACAUUUGUCAAAAUAACUUUAAAUCAUUUUUACAUAUCACUUGAACAUAAGAAAAUAAUAAUAUACAUGUUACUGUAUUUAUUUGGUAUAAAAAAGUUCUAUACAAAUUAAA